CUACCGUGGAUGACCCAAUAAGGAUAUUGGUAUGGUUGGAGAAGAGUUGGUAAUUCUGAGUUGUUUUGUCUUCCCAAUAGAAGAGAGAAGAGGCUUCAUCUUCACUCUUCAGCAACAAAAGAUAAAAGGAAAAUCAAAACCAUUCCAAACCCCAAAACCCCUCAAGUUUCCUCUUAGGUUUCUCUGUCAGUUUCCAUUUCUCUAAAAUCACUUAUCAAAAGACAAACACUUCUACUUAUUCAACUCCUCUUACUCUUUUCUUGUGAGGAGUUGUUUUUGAGAAUUAUAUAUGCAGCCUUGUAGCCGCGAAAUGCAAGCAAUGAACUCUCUUUUAAACCAACCUUAUCAACAAAUCCCUCUCCAAGACCUUCAGGGCAACGGUCACCAACAGAUACAAAACUCACAGCUCGAAACCACAUCGUCCCACGAUGACUUCUUGGAACAGAUGCUCUCCACUUUCCCUUCUAGCUCAUGGUCCGACAUCAAGUCGACUUGGGACCCACCUAAAUCCGAUGAAACGGGUCCUUAUAAUCCAGACAACAAUGUUGGGUUCCACUAUGACGAGAUUCUAGCUUCCAAGCUUAGACAACACCAAAUCAACGGCGGAGGAGUGUGUUCUCCCGCUACUGCAGUUAUGAAGAUGAUGCAACAGCAGACGAUGUUAGAGGGAAACACCGCCGCUGCCGCUUGUGGAGGAGGAGGAGGAGGAGGAGGGUUGACUCUCCCCUUCUCUUUGGGUCCUGAUGAUGCUGGGUCUCAUCAGAACGAUAUCGUUGAUGGUUCUUUGUUUAAACCCCCUAAUCAUCAGGGAGGAGAUGGUUCUGUGCAAGCUUUCUAUAAUGGUUUUGGUGCUGGAUCUCUGCGUGGAACUAAUCUGCCAUCGAACCAGCCUCAGCAUUUUCACCAUCCUCAGGGAGAGACUAUUCUUGCACAAAACAUUGGAGCUACUGCAGGAACAGCGAUGAACCAAAGUCAGGCAAGUGGUUCGACGACGGGGUGUACACCGGCUCAACCUAAACAAAGAGUUAGGGCUCGGAGGGGUCAAGCUACUGAUCCCCACAGUAUCGCUGAAAGAUUACGCAGAGAGAGAAUUGCAGAGAGAAUGAAAGCUCUUCAGGAACUGGUUCCCAAUGCCAACAAGACAGAUAAAGCUUCAAUGCUUGAUGAGAUUAUCGACUAUGUCAAAUUCCUCCAGCUCCAAGUCAAGGUUCUGAGUAUGAGCAGAUUGGGCGGUGCUGCUGUUGCUUCUCAUGUCGCUUCUAUGCCCUCUGAGGGAGGUGAUUGUAGUAUUCAAACGAGUGGCGAUGGCGGGUCCCUUCCACGAAAUUCUAACGGUAAUACACCGUCGUCAACUGAUGACGGUCUAACGGUGACGGAGCACCAGGUGGCCAAGCUAAUGGAGCAGGACAUGGGCUCCGCCAUGCAGUACCUGCAGGGGAAGGGCCUCUGCCUCAUGCCAAUCUCCCUCGUCACCGCCAUCUCAACUACCACCUGUCAUUCCAGGAACCCGAUGAUCAACAAUGUAAACCAAAAUACCACCAGCAGCAAUUACCGGUCACUUCAAUCAAGCGGCGAAGGGUCUUCCUCGCCUAGCAUGUCCCUGUUGACUGUCCAGUCAGCCACAAUGGGUAACGGCGGUGUUGACGCCUCCGUCAAAGAUGCUGCCUCCGUUUCCAAGCCUUGAUAAAGUGUUGACAGACAGACCUUUACCUGGUCUUUUUAAGGUUAAUCAAAAGGAAAGUAUGGAUUUCUGGAGGGAAUUGAACGGCUGCUUAAAGUCUACGAAAAUAAGGAGUUGCUUUUUUUCAUUAAUUAGUGUACCAACGACGCCGUAUUCACUUAGACUUUGGGUAAAGCCUAAACCCUAACAUCGCCUACACGAACGAAAACAACAGACAAUAAGAGAAUAAAGGCAGUCACCCAUCCCCAGAACAACUUUUAUUAUUGUAAUAAUUAAAUAAUUUUUU